AAAGCUCCCGGACACCACACGGACCGCCGCGCUUAUCAACGGCUGCUUGGAGGAAACAUAAACCGAAUAAAAAAAGAACAUACCUGAAGGUUUCACCUGAUAUCUAGAAGGAGGGAGAAUGUUUUUUUUAAAACAACUCGUUUUGCUCAAACGCAUUUUUUAGACUAGGAUAGUCUAAGCACGGAUGCCUCGCACCAUCGACCCCUGGGCAUCACGUUUUACAUUCACAUUCUCUUCACUUGUUUUUAACUACAGAACAUGAGCAAGCACGCAGAAGACACGGGGAAAGCUGAAUGUGAAUAUUCUUGGAUUUAAAAAGGCGUACCUGUCCAAGCAGUGCUUGAGUCAAACUUAUGGCGUGAAGCUAAUGGAUGUCCUUACCCAGUAUGCCUUCAACGACAGCGAUCUGGACAACCAGACAUGGGGCUUCAACGAGACGGAGCACGGCCAGAAGCAACCGUACAACUACUACGCCAUGCUGCUUAUGCUGCUGAUCUUCCUCAUCGUGUUCGGCAACGUGCUGGUGUGCAUCGCCGUGUCGCGGGAGAAGGCCCUGCAGACCACCACCAACUACCUGAUCGUCAGCCUGGCCGUGGCCGACCUGCUGGUGGCCACGCUGGUCAUGCCCUGGGUCGUCUACCUGGAGGUGGUGGGCGAGUGGAGCUUCAGUAAGAUCCAUUGUGACAUCUUCGUCACCCUGGACGUGAUGAUGUGUACGGCCAGCAUCCUCAACCUCUGCGCCAUCAGCAUCGAUCGAUAUACGGCGGUUGCCAUGCCAAUGCUGUACAACACCCGCUACAGCUCCCGGAGGAGGGUGACUGUCAUGAUUUCUGUGGUGUGGGUGCUGUCCUUUGCUAUUUCCUGUCCCUUGUUAUUUGGCCUGAACAACACAGCUACUCGCGACCCCUCUCAAUGUGUGAUCGCCAAUCCAGCCUUUGUGGUUUACUCUUCCAUUGUGUCCUUCUAUGUCCCCUUCAUCAUAACACUGCUGGUUUAUGUGCAAAUCUACGUGGUGCUAAGGAAGCGAAGGAAACGAGUCAACACCAAGCCUAAACAGAGGGCCGCUCAAAACGCAGAGCACAACGUGGCCACCUCGCUGAAGGAUAAGUGCACUCAUCCAGAGGAUGUGACGCUUUGCACCAUGAUUGUCAAAGCCAACGGGGGUUUUUCUGUCAACAGGAAAAAAGUGAUAUUCAUCAAAGAGGUGGCCAUCGAGGGCGAAGACCUGGAACUGGAUGAGCUCCACAACAGCGCCAGCAGCAGCCAGAAGCAGCAGCACAAGCAGCUGCAGCAGGGGGCACCGGGAGAAGCUCCGGCCACCAGCCACCAGCUCCUGAUGCCUGCCAAGUCCAAUGCCAGUCCUUCUUCCGCGCCCCCCACCCCACCCGAGGACGGCCUGAAGCCGCUCAAGAACGGAGACACCGCCAAGGUGGCGCUGGUGGAUCCGGCACCACUGGUCGCUAAAGCCUUCCAGACGCAGGCCAUGCCCAACGGCAAGACCCAGACGUCUGUGAAAACCAUGAGCAAGCGGAAGAUCUCCCAGCAGAAGGAGAAGAAAGCUACUCAGAUGCUAGCCAUUGUCCUUGGUGUAUUCAUCAUCUGCUGGCUGCCAUUCUUCAUCACCCAUAUCCUGAACACUCAUUGCACUAAAUGCAAGGUACCCGCUGAGAUGUACAAUGCCUUCACUUGGCUGGGCUACGUGAACAGUGCUGUGAAUCCCAUCAUAUACACCACUUUCAACGUGGAGUUCAGGAAGGCCUUCAUCAAGAUCUUGCACUGCUAGGACCAGUGGAGACGACCACUCUGGGAUGUGACCGAGGAAAGCUCAAGCCACACCUCUCCUCUAGCAAAUGUCUCGCCGUGUGAGAGGAGAAACAUGGGUCAGAGCGGGGAACCUGGUUCCAGUCACAGCGGCAAAGACUUGCACAUUGGCAGUGUAUAACGAACAUAUUGAUUCGUCACCAAUUACCUAUGGACUCAUGUUCUCCUGAAUUAUUGAAUGUACACAUUAUGAAAUAAUGUCUGUAUGGAUCAUCUGUAUGGCGAAGUGGAAAGCGUAAUAUUGUUCUCUUGAAAUCAUUGUUAUUGUCAUAUCGGGAGCCAUCUGUGGAUACAACGCACACGUGACUAGUUGUGUUUGAUACAACUCCGACAUGCUAUUUAUGAUAAGGUUAUAUUCUGUGGUUUUUGGUGAUGAGAGUUUUCUGCAGUUCAUCUUGAUAUCAAUGAAGCAAGUGU